AUGUGGUUUAGGGGCCGUUACUUCUCCCCUAAGCAACACGAGACGUUUGAGAGGAAUGUUUUCUGGACACUCAAACCGAAUCCGGAGGAGACAAUCGGAAAGUUUAUGUUGCGUUGUCAGGAUCAGGCUAGCAAGUGUAACUUCGGAAGUACGGCUCAGGAAAGCAGAGCCAUAAGUGUCAUUGACAAAGUCAUUCUUUUUGCCCCUAAUGAUCUAAAAGAACAGCUUUUGCAAAAAGAUGCACUCGAUAUUGACCAAGUCGCUAAAAUUGUCAGUUCAUAUGAGUCGGUGAAGCAUCAAGCUCAGCUGAUGAAUAUGUCAUCUUCGGGAGCCUCCGAGUCCGUUGGGAUAAAUAGUGAUGAGAGGAGUAGCAUCAACCAAAUCCGAUUUCCCUCCAGCAACGAAUGUACAAGAUGUGGAAACGACAAACAUCGGGCUAACGAUCUUAAGUGUCCUGCUCGUAAAAAGGAGUGUGGCAAGUGCAAACGAAUGGGACAUUAUGCCGUAAAAUGUCGAACACCUACAACUAAAAGGAAGUUUGCGGAAGAAAAUAGACCAGGUCCUAGCAACAGAUUCAAGCGAUACCGCAUAAACGAGAUCGAGAGCGACAGGGAAAGGGAAAACUCAUUGAAGAGGUUGCGACGUUUUACGUGGUACUCGGAGGCCAACAGUGCUUGUUAG